AUUGGAAUUCAGUAUGGGAGGAUUGUCUGAAUUAGAGCUCAAAGUAUAUCAAUACAUCAACGGAAAACCCAAAGGAAGUGAAGGCUCGUCAAUUGCCAAGAAUUGUGAAAUCCCCGUCGAAAAUGUAGCAAAAAUUAUCAACAGUCUGUCACGAAAGGGCCUCAUUGAGAUGCGCUCAGAUAAAGAUGGUAAACUGACGUACAAUGCGGUGACAGCUUCUGACAGAAAAAA